AUGCAUCCCUCUCCGCGGAGACCGGCCGCUGCCACCUCCAGCCCUGCCAUGCUACUGCUGCUCCUGUGGCUGGGCUGGGCGCCGCCGGGCUGGGGCUGGCCGCGGGGCAGCUCCCGGGGGGCGGCCGGGCUGCCCCCCAACGCCACCACGCCGAUCUCCAUCAUGGGCUUGAUGCCGCUCAGCCAGUCCGAGGAGGACCAGAAGAGCAAGAUCGGCCGGGGGGUGCUGCCCGCCGUGCAGCUGGCCAUGGAUCAGAUCCGCAACGAGUCGCUGCUCAACCCCUAUUUCCUGGACCUGCGGCUCUACGACACGGAGUGUGACAAUGCAAAAGGACUCAAAGCCUUCUAUGAUGCAAUAAAAUAUGGACCUAAUCAUCUGAUGGUUUUUGGUGGCGUAUGUGCAACAGUUACUUCUAUCAUUGCUGAAUCUCUAAAGGGAUGGAAUUUGGUUCAGCUUUCAUUUGCAGCAACAACACCAGAGUUGGCUGAUAAGAAAAAAUAUCCUUAUUUCUUCCGGACAGUGCCAUCUGAUAAUGCAGUGAAUCCAGCAAUUUUGAAGUUACUCAAAUAUUAUCAGUGGAAGAGAGUAGGAACUUUAACCCAGGAUGUACAAAGGUUCUCUGAGGUGAGGAAUGAUCUGACUGGCGUCCUGUACGGUGAAGACAUCGAAAUUUCAGAUACUGAGAGUUUCUCCAAUGAUCCUUGUACAAGUGUAAAGAAGCUUAAGGGUAAUGAUGUUCGGAUUAUCCUUGGCCAGUUUGAUGAGGAAAUGGCUGUGAAAGUUUUCUGCUGUGCUUAUGAUGAAGAAAUGUAUGGCAGCAAAUAUCAGUGGAUUAUUCCAGGGUGGUAUGAAAACCUUUGGUGGGAAUCCUGGAUUAAUUCCUCACAAUGUCUCAGCAAAAAUCUUCUUGCCGCCAUGGAAGGUUAUAUUGGAGUCGAUUUUGAGCCUCUCAGCUCAAAAAUGAUAAAGACCAUAUCAGGACGGACUCCACAGCAAUAUGAAAAGGAAUACAAUGCUAAGCGUGGUGAUGGGCAAUCCAGCAAAUUUCAUGGUUAUGCCUAUGAUGGAAUAUGGGUGAUUGCCAAGACCCUACAGAGGGCAAUGAAGUAUCUGAAUGCCACCAACAAGCACCAAAAAAUUGAAGAUUUUAACUAUACAAAUCACAAACUUGGGAAAAUUUUUCUGGAUGCUAUGAAUGAAACCAACUUCUUUGGAGUAACGGGUCAAGUUGUUUUCAGAAAUGGAGAGAGGAUGGGAACCAUCAAAUUUACGCAGUUCCAAGAAAGAAAGGAAGUGAAGGUGGGAGAGUACAAUGCUGUGGCUGACACGCUGGAAAUUAUCAACAACAGCAUCAGGUUCCAAGGACUUGAACCUCCAAAGGACAAAACAAUUAUACAAGAGGAGCUACGCAAGAUCUCCUUGCCUCUCUACAGCAUCCUCUCUGCCCUCACGAUCUUAGGAAUGAUAAUGGCCAGUGCUUUCUUGUUCUUUAACAUCAAAAACAGAAAUCAGAAACUAAUAAAGAUGUCCAGUCCCUACAUGAACAACCUUAUUAUCCUUGGAGGGAUGCUUUCUUAUGCAUCUAUUUUUCUUUUUGGUCUUGAUGGAUCCUUUGUCUCCGAAAAGACAUUUGAGACACUUUGCACAGUCCGAACGUGGAUUCUUACAGUGGGAUACACAACUGCAUUUGGAGCAAUGUUUGCAAAAACAUGGAGAGUUCAUGCAAUUUUCAAAAAUGUAAAAAUGAAGAAAAAGAUCAUUAAAGACCAGAAGCUACUGGUGAUAGUUGGAGGGAUGCUACUGAUUGACCUUUGCAUCUUGAUUUGCUGGCAGGUUGUGGAUCCUUUGAGAAGGACAGUGGAAAAGUAUAACAUGGAGCCGGACCCUGCAGGCAGAGAUAUCUCCAUCCGACCAAUCUUGGAGCACUGUGAAAACACUCACAUGACAAUUUGGCUUGGGAUUGUCUACGCUUAUAAAGGGCUGCUGAUGUUAUUCGGGUGUUUCCUAGCCUGGGAGACACGAAAUGUCAGCAUUCCUGCUUUGAAUGAUAGCAAGUACAUCGGAAUGAGCGUAUACAACGUGGGGAUAAUGUGCAUUAUUGGUGCUGCUGUUUCAUUUCUUACUCGGGACCAACCCAAUGUGCAGUUCUGCAUCGUUGCUCUAGUCAUAAUAUUCUGCAGCACCAUUACUCUCUGCCUUGUGUUUGUACCUAAGCUCAUCACACUGAGGACAAAUCCAGAUGCAGCCACACAGAACAGACGAUUUCAGUUCACUCAAAAUCAAAAGAAAGAAGAUUCAAAAACAUCAACAUCAGUCACCAGCGUCAAUCAGGCCAGCACAUCUCGACUAGAAGGACUGCAGUCAGAGAACCACCGCUUGAGAAUGAAAAUUACAGAGCUGGACAAAGACUUGGAAGAGGUCACAAUGCAGCUUCAGGACACUCCUGAGAAAACAACAUACAUUAAGCAGAACCACUAUCAGGAUCUUAAUGACAUUCUUAGUAUACGGAACUUUACAGACAGCAAAGAUGGUGAGAAAGCCAUUUUGAAAAAUCAUCUUGAUCAAAAUCCACCAGCACAAUGGGGCUCAUCAGACCCUUCCAGAACAAGCAAAGAUCCUAUAGAAGACAUUAACUCUCCAGAACACAUACAGCGUCGGCUGUCUUUGCAGCUGCCCAUUCUUCAUCAUGCCUAUUUGCCAUCCAUAGGAGGAGUUGACGCUAGCUGUGCCAGUCCGUGCGUAAGCCCCAGUGCCAGUCCUCGGCACAGACACGUGCCGCCCUCCUUCCGAGUAAUGGUUUCAGGGCUGUAG